GGAGCACCUGAUUCACUAAGGACAGGGAUAGAAAGGGAGGGGCGAAGAGUAAAGGCUUUAUAUUUCCUCUCCGGGGACCAGCUUCAGUCUCACCUGCCAGGUUGCUCACUGCACCAUCUGAAGGUGACACAGGUGGUGCUUGGAAUAGAAAAUGGAUAAUUUCAGCACAGCAAACAAUGAAUUUUGCCUUGAUGUGUUCAAAGAACUGAACAGUAAUGGCAUAGAAGAGAACGUCUUCUUCUCCCCAGUGACUAUGUUUUAUGCUCUUAGUAUGGUCCUCUUUGGAGCCAGAGGGAACAGUGCGGCACAGAUAGAAAAGGUGCUUCACUUGAAUCACGUUGCAGAACCAUUCAAAUCAGGCUUAUCUGAAUGCAAUAAGACAGCAUGGAUGCAUUCAGGGUUUGGAGGUAUAUUUUCUCAGAUCAGCCAGCCGAACUCUAACUAUACCCUCAACAUUGCCAACAGAAUCUAUGGGUCAAAGACAAAGGCAUUUAAUCAGCAAUAUUUAAGUUGUUCUGAGCAACUAUACCAAGCCAGGCUGCAACCUGUUGAUUUUGAACAGUCCCCGGAAGAGGCAAGAAAAAUCAUCAAUGCUUGGGUUGAAAGUAAGACUAAUGGAAAAAUCACAAACCUCUUUGGAAAGGGAACAAUUGAACCUUCUUGUGUGAUGGUCCUGGUGAAUGCCAUAUACUUCAAAGGACAAUGGCAACACAAAUUUCAGAAAAAAGAGACAAUUAAAACUCCUUUUCAUCUAGGGCAGGGUAAAAGUGUAACUGUGGACAUGAUGUAUCAGACCGGGAAGUUUAGAUUAGCCUCCAUCCAGGACCCACAGAUGCAAGUGCUUGAGCUACCAUAUGUGAACAAGAAGCUAAGCAUGGUGAUUCUGCUUCCCGUCGGCACAGCUAGUCUGGGACAGAUAGAAAAGCAGCUCAAUGUGAAGACGUUUCAUGAGUGGACCAGUUCUUCUAGUCUGAGGGAGAGGGAAGUUGAAGUUCAUAUUCCCAGAUUCACACUUGAAAUCAAGUAUGAGCUCAACUCCCUGCUACAAUCCCUGGGGAUGACAGAUGUCUUCAACCAGAUGAAAGCUGACCUCACCGGAAUAUCACCAGCCAAGGGCCUGUCUCUGUCCAAAGUCAUCCACAAGUCCUAUGUGGAUGUCAAUGAAGAGGGCACGGAGGCAACGUCGGCCACUGGGGAUAGUCUCGUUGUGAAAAGACUCCCCAUGAAAACCCAGUUUGUGGCAGAUCACCCCUUUCUGUUCUUCAUAAGGCACGUGCACACCAAUACAAUUUUCUUCUGUGGCAAACUUGUCUCUCCCUCAGGUAAUGGGAUUGAGCCAUUUAGUGUCACAGAAAGAUAAAAAUUAUGACUGAACGUAUUUGAGACCUCACAUGCCCAUCUGUCCUGGUUUACUCAUCUGCACCAUGGGUCUAGGAUAUCUCACAGCUCAUUCUGUGAGUUGGAGCACACUACAGUAAUCAUGGGAGAAGGUGUAUUUACCAAAAUAGUCAUUUCUCCUCCCCCCUCCCCGCCCCAUUUGACACUCAUGUUUGAGACCUUGUUUGAGUAGUAGUUGGGUGACUUGAUCUAUGAGAAUAAAAUUGGAAAGAUUAGA